CAGACACAGAGCAUACGAACAGGCCGCUGCCCUGCAAUACCGAAGCUUUUCAUCUUUGGCAGGGUUGCACAUUUUUGCCGACCUAUGCGAGCUUGAGAUGCCUCGGCCGGCCCGAGCAACGCGCCAUCUCCCGGGCGUGGCCAGGGAAGAUUCCGACGACGAGCUCGGCACCGACGACUACCCGUGGGAGUGGAUUUACGAGAAGGAAGCCGGGGAAGAGGAGGCUGCGGAAGAAAAUGGGCGGAAACGAAAGCGGUCAACAGUACACGAACCCCAGAUCAUCGGCGCUCGCAUGGGCAAGUUCGAGUGCUAUCUGGGGGACACAGUGCUACUGAAGGCCGACAGCUUCAAUGAAGCCUGGGUCGGCAUAAUAUGCGACUUCCAGGUCGACGAAGACGGCGAGAAGGCGGCGAACUUCAUGUGGUUCUCGUCCCCGCAGGAGAUCCGCAGCCUCAAGAAGAGGACCGAUUAUCUCGAAAACGAGCUAUACAUCACCACUGCGUUCGAUGUCAACCCCCUGACAACGGUGAACGGGAAGGCACACAUCAUGUCCGAGGCUGCGUUCAAGGCCAAGUACCCGUCCGGCAAGGUGCCGCGCAAGGCACCCGAGUACGGCAAGGUGUUCAUCUGCCGCCGCGGCUGCAACACGCGAACGUGCACCUACACCGAAGAGUUCGUCUGGGAGGAGAUCUACCGCGGGAGGGGCGACAUCGACAGCCUCCAGGAGAUGGUCCGCAAGAACACCAAGGCAACUCGCAGGCGGAAACAGACCAGAGACGAACCCACGGACCAGGACUAUAAGCAGGAGGCAGACGACGACCGCGAAGGCGAGUACGCCCCCGGGACGCCGCGCACCCCGAAGAGGGCCCGCACCCGGGACGGGGCCGUCACGCCCGGCAGCAGGCGCAAGCCCGGCCCCGGCAGCAAGCCGACGACCCCUUCGUCGCACCGCCGCGUCCUCGUCAAGAAGCACCUCGAGUUCACCCCUCUGGCCACCCGCGUCCUGUCGCCGCAGCACGUCCUCGCGUCCCCUUACCAGCUCGCACGCAGCCAGCUCCACGUGGCCUCGGUGCCCGCCAGCCUUCCCUGCCGCGAGGCCGAGUUCAGCCUCGUGUACUCGCACCUCGAGGCGGCCAUCACCGACGGCGCCGGCACCUGCAUCUACAUCUCGGGAACCCCGGGGACGGGCAAGACGGCGACGGUGCGCGAGGUGGUGGCGCACCUGGACGCGGCCGUGCGCGCCGACGAGCUCGACGACUUCAUCUUUGUCGAGAUCAACGGCAUGAAGAUCGCGGACCCGCACCAGUCGUACGCGCUCCUCUGGGAGGCGCUCAAGGGCCAGCGCGUCUCGCCCGCCCAGGCGCUCGACCUGCUCGAGCGCGAGUUCAGCCACCCGUCGCCCCGCCGCGUGCCCUGCGUCGUGCUCAUGGACGAGCUCGACCAGCUCGUCACCAAGAACCAGGGCGUCAUGUACAACUUCUUUAACUGGCCCGGCCUGCGCCACAGCCGCCUCAUCGUCCUGGCCGUGGCCAACACCAUGGACCUGCCCGAGAGGACGCUGAGCAACAAGAUCAGCUCCCGCCUGGGGCUCACCCGCAUCACCUUCCCCGGGUACAACCACGAGCAGCUGAUGCGGAUCGUGCAGAGUCGGUUGGAGGGUGUGCCCGGGGACAUCGUGGACCCGGACGCGGUGCAGUUUGCGGCGAGGAAGGUGGCCGCGGUGAGCGGCGACGCCAGGCGAGCGCUAGAUAUCUGUAGGCGGGCGGUCGAGUUGGCCGAGGCGGACGCGAAGGCGAGGGACGAAGGCGACGAUGGCGCUGCUGGAGCGCCGCCGGACACGCCAAGCAGGAAAGGGCGGAAGGGGGGGAAGCAGCAGGAGGAGGAGGAGGAGCAGGAGAAAGAAAAAGAGGGGCAGACGCCCAGUAUGAAGAAGAAGAAGAUGAGGAGCGCUGCCGGAAGAGUGACGAUCGAGACGGUCCGUCGGGCCAUCAGCGAGGCGACUAGCAACCCGCUACAGCAGUACCUGCGGUCGCUCCCGUUUGCGUCGCGACUGCUGCUGACCGCGCUCCUGCUGCGCACACAGCGGACAGGGCUGGCUGAGACCACAUUUGGCGAUGUGCUCGAGGAGAUGCAGCGGACGCUCAAGCUCGCGGGCGAGAGCCGGCCGUUGACGCUGCUCGACCGGAAAGCAUGCGGCAUCAUUACGAACGGGGCGGGAACAGAUCCAGGGUUCAUGGGCCCCGCUCGGACGAAGAACGUCUCGCAGCUAGUUCGUCCGGCCGGGCUGGGCGCCGCAGCCGUUGACCUGACUGGAGCUGGCAUAAUCAACUUGGAGGCACACAGGCCUGAGCGGCCGAGCAAGAUGCGCUUGGCAGUUGGGGAUGAGGACGUGAAGUUGGCAUUCCGGGAUGAUCCGGAAAUCAAGGAACUUGGUGUGAUUUUGUAGAGAUACCCCAUACACCAGCAUUAGACCAGGAAAAGAAAGCGUCAUUUCAUCCGGCCCUCCCUCCCCCCCAUGGACGCAAUGCGACACAAUGUGUAAUCAUCAUUAGCCCGCGGCAGCCCCAACUCCCUAAUACUUCCUUCUUGCCAGUGUCGGCUUCCAGUCAAUAGGAUGUGUUUCUGGUGUGGCAUCGGGAUCCUCCUUCCAGAUUUUGA